AUGGUUCUUUAUAUUGGAGACGGCCAAAGACGGAUGAAAAUAUUUGUCCGACAUUGUGAGAUUGUCAACGACAAAACAGAAGAAAGGGAAGAAGAAAGGGGGCGGAAUCAAGAGCCGAAUCAAGUUACUCUAUUCCGUGAAUAUGUCUUGCAACGGCUUGGAAUUUCAUUUUCUGCAUCUCAAUCACAAAGCAAACAGGAAGCAGAAAAGAUAAUGGUGAAGGAUGACUUGGUGAAAUUAGUGGUUGAGAAGGAAGAACUCCUAAAAAUAAAAGAUGAUGAGUUUCAGAAAAUGAAGAAAAAAUCUCUUAGAUCUUAUGUGGAGAUGGAGAAUGUAAUCAACAGAACUAAACGAGAAGAAGGAAAUUUCAAGAAGUUUGCCAUUCAAGUUAGUUUUUCUAGGCACGUGCUUUACCAGAUACUCCUGCAUUUACUUAUUGGUGUUGUGCCACUUCUGAAGACACUUCCGGAAGGUGUUAAAAUAAAUGAUAAAUAG